AUGUCUAAUCUCCUGCAUAAAGUUAAGGAUGCCAUGACUGGCCAUGGCUCGGAGUCCAAGCAAUCCAGUCGUAAUACUGACACUGGCGACCAGUAUGGAUAUGGAUCUCAGCAAGGUUCCGACACUUAUGGUUCUCGCCAGUAUGAAUCAAGGUCGGGCAAUGAUACCUACGGAUCUGGCACCAAGCCUAGCUCUCAGGGUUACAGGAACGAUCCAAGCUCUGAUACGUAUGGCUCUGGGGACUAUGGUUCAGGUAUGCGCUCGAGUGAUUACCCGGGAUCUGGCACCGGGGGUUAUUCAUCCCAGCCCGGCACUGGUGAUUAUGGAUCCGGAACUGGCGGUGGCACCUAUGGUGGUGACACAUAUGGUGGUGACUACAGCUCUCGUGGUGAUACUGGCGGAGGUUAUGGCUCCGGUUAUGGCUCCGGUAAUACUGGUGGACUUGGCUCCACCUCGGACACCUAUGGCACUCGCUCAUCGAAUACUGGCACAUCCUCAUCCGAUAUGGGUACUGGAACCGGGGCAGGCUUCGGUGGUGGCGGGGCGACUGGAGGAAGCAGCUACAACACCAGCCGAACUGGUUACCAGGACACCUCAUCGUAUGGAUACGAUACUGGAAAGAAAACAGGCUCCCGCAUGGAUCCCGAAAGCAUGCGCAACACUGGCGGCAUCCAGAGAAGCCAGUGGUAA